AUGGAGACACCUAAUCUAUCAAGGUCCUCUUCCACCUCAUCCCGCAACAAGGCGAACCUGAGCUUGGACCUCUCCAACCUCCCGCCACUGGUUCAGCCCACUCCUCCUUCAAACACACUCAUCUUCACCAACCUGAACAAUACCGACAUCUUCCUGCCCGAGAACCUGCAGACCAUCCGCGAACUCAUCGAGCACACAGCACCCAUACACUCGUUUGCGCCGCUCAAGUCAUUCCGCCGCAUCAUCGUCUCCUUCUUCGACAUCGAUGCCUCAUUAGCGGUGCGCCAGGUAUGGGACGGCGAAGCCGUCAUGGGUGAGCGCAUCAAGCUCUACUUUGGCCACUCCACGCCCAUUGAGACCAAGCCUGAGCAUCUGGCCCUGCCCGACGCCGGCAAGCUCUUCUUCAUCUCGCCACCCGCCAGCCCUCCCCACGGCUGGGAGAUGCGCCUCGAGGAUGCGCCCAACAAGCAGGUCCACGCUGAUGAUCUUGCCGAAGCUCUUGCCAAGCUUCACCAUCGUCCCGUCCCCAACUACGACUCACCCAUUACCCCUACCGACGGCGGAGUUCCCAACUUUGGCACUCGGAGUCGCAGCUCGACUCUCAUCUACAAGCCCGAUGCCGAGACCAGCCCCGGUAUCCCUGCCGUGUUUGUUGAGGACAUGACGGAUGAGCCGAGUUUUAGCCCGCUCGAGGUCUCGAAGCCCAUCAUGGCUCAGACUGCUCGACCUCCUGUUGAGCUGAUGAACGACCUCUAA